AAACUGUUUGUAAUGUGAAAUCUGUCACUGGGACAGCUGGUAUUUCUCAUAAAUACUGCUACCAUGUCCAGUGAUGAUUUCCAAGUGCAAGACGUCUACAGAUAUUCAAGGAAGUCGUAUAAAAACCAUCACACAAAUAAUAUACAUUAUUCAGAAAAUCGAAGAGAAACUGACUUAGAAUCGCCUAGAAGUGAUAUUUUAAGAUUUCCGGACGCGCGCUGCAGCAGUUGCGAUGAUUCUGAAGGAGAAAUAGCCAAUAUUUUGCAUAAAAAAUGUCCUGUUAUAGCAUUAGCUCAGCAACAACUCCAAAAAAUACUAGAUGAAACUGACAAGUUGUUGUGUGAUAAUACACAAUGUUGCAGAACUAUCUAUGAUUUUGUGGAUAUAUGCAGAGAAGCACUCAAUCACCAAAACAGAUGCGUAUGCUUUUUAGUUUUUCUGAUAAUUGCUUCAUUUUUCAUUGGUCUAAUAUUUGGUGCAGCUUCGUGCGGUACAUAUCUACGAAAAUUUAACAGUCCUAUACUUUCAUGUAUCGAUAACUACUUUAUAACUGAAAGGUAUUAUCAAGAUGACAUAAAUAGGCUUAUUGUUUGAAGCAGACAUUUUGAUGUUUUACUAAGAUUUAUUGUAGUAUAGGUAAAUAAAGAAUUUUCAUUACAAUUUUUAAUGAUAUUUUAUAUACAAGAUACAGCCUUCAUUUUUGUUAUCGAUGUUAUAAACACCAGGAUAAGUGGUUAUCCAACAUUACUGAAAUCCAUUGUAGUUGGAUUGUUUUGGAAAUAUAUUUGUAAAGUACAUGUCAUUGAUAAAGUUAUGAUCUGUUAUAUAUUAGAUUAUAUAUAUUAUGUAUAUUGAAAAAAAUAUUAUGCAAUGAUAAAUGGAAUACAGAUGAAUAAAUAAAAUAAAAUUAAUUAAACAAAUACAUUUAUAGGCAGGCAAUGCACUUACAAUGUGACUGUCCAGGGGCAGCAGUUAAACUAACAUCAGGUGAGCCUCUUGCCCAUGUUACAUAAAAAAAUGUAAUAGUGCUUUUACAUAUGACUAUUUGGUACAA